AUGGCAGAAAGCGAUCGCGUGCGCCUACACAUCACCNNCCCCUUCAACGCAACCCUCUACCAAAACAUCAUUCCCGCAUCUCUCCAACCAACCGCCACAAACAUCUCCUACCACACCGUGCAAACUUUUCCCGAACGCGGUUUUGGCUUUGUAGAACUGCCCAGAGCCGACGCCGACAAGUUGCGCAANAAGCUCAACGGUGCAACACUGCGAGGUCAGAAAAUGGCUAUCCAAGAAGCAAAGCCUGAGAAAAGGAGACGCCGCGACAAGGACGACGAUGCCCAAGAAGCAGAAAAGCAACCGCGCAAAAAGGCCAAAAAGGAAAAAUCAAGCAAGAAAAAGGAUAAAGAGAUUGCUGGUUUCGAGCUGCCCGACCAGAGACAAGUAAAGCGCGGAUGGACAGAAGAGCCUGGAAAAUACAAGGACAAGAAGGACAAGUCGCACAAGUCCAGCAGUGACAAGAAAGACAACAAGGACAAGACACCAAAGAGGGAAAAGUCAAAGUACUCGUCCAAGUCGGAAGUUCUCUUCAAGCAAAAACUACCCGAAGGAGUCAUGCUGGCCCAAAAAGCAGAAGGCAAGGACAAGAAGAACAAGAAGUCGAAACAACCAAAGAACAUCACCGUCAUCCACGAGUUUGAAAAGAACAAACCCGUGCCCUCUUUCCUGAAAUCCGACGUCUCGAGUGAGGCUUCUGCAACUGCUGAUUUCGUGCCUGGCAAGGGUUGGGUUGAUGCGGAUGGAAAUGUCGUUGAGGAGAUUCAGGUUAAGCCGAAACGAGAGGACAGGAUCGCAAAGAUGAAGGAUACGCCUGUCGAGAUCAAGAUCAAGCCCGUUGCUCCCAAGGAACCUGCUAUGCACAAGGAUAUUACUGCUGGCGCAAAGGCUCUGGGCUACAAUUCGUCGAGUGACGAGAGCUCGGAUGUAUCUUCUGAGAGCGAUGAAGACAUGNNACUGAUGACAGUGAUGAUGAUGAUGAUGAAGACGACGAAGCAGAGGGAAGAAAAAGAAGCCGAGAAGGAAGAAAUCGCAGAAGAGAUCAAGGAAGGUGCCGAGGAAAUCGCUGCGCCGACGCCGACAGAGCAACAAGACGAGCCCGAAGCAGAUUCAGCAUCGGACUCCUCAGAUUCAGACUCUGACCCUGACUCCUCAGACAAGGACGAAGAAGAAGCCAUUCCAGAAAAGGCCACAACACCUCAAAAAUCACCCUCCCCAAUGGCAACAUCCCCCAAACCAACCACCCCACCCCGCGAAGUCCACCCCUUAGAAGCCCUCUUCAAGAAAAAGGCCCCUUCAGACUCAACACCCCGCCCCGCCCCCAUCAACACCUCCUUCUCCUUCGGCAUCACCGACGACAUCGACGAAGAAAUGCAAGACUUCGAUGACCCAACCUACCCCUCCACCCCCUUCACCCGCACCCGGGACAUCCGCUCUGCAGCACCAACCCCCGACACCGCCGCCAUCGGCCGCAAAUUUUCNUUUUCCUUCGCCAACCAAUUCGCCGAAGACGACAUCGAAGACAACUACGAUGCUGAAGAAGAAGAAUAUGCAAAUGCUAAUCUGGAACCUCUGGGAGUCAAGGAGAAGGCAGAAGGAGAAGAGGAAACAGAGUUUGCAAAGUGGUUUUGGGAGAAUAGAGGUGAUAGUAAUAGGGCUUGGAAGAAGAGGAGGAGAGAUGUUAUGAAGGUUAAGAGACAGAGGGAGAACAGGAGGAUUAGUAGACGUGUUGUGUAA